AUGUCAGAACUCACUGGUCAUGCUAAGUCUCUUUUCUCUCAUUCAAGUCUUUGUGUCCAACUAAAAGUAUUUUAUUUUAAUUUUUUAUGUGCUUAAAGUAAGAUUGAAAUUUUUUUUCGCUAGUAACUAAAUUGUAGCCUGCUGUGUGCGUAGGUAAUAUCUGUCGCUAAGAUCUCUCUCUUUCGCUUAUGGCUCCACUCUUGUUCGGUGUCAGGCUAAGCCUGAACAAUUUUGUCCAAGAGAAGAUUGAUGAUAUUGAUUUAGAUAAAACAACCGCUGAAGAACUGAAAAGCAUCCUCUCUAAAAUGCCGGCGGUAAACUUGGAAGUUACGGAUAUCGAAUUGGUGCAUUGUGGAAAUAUUUUAAAGGCAAAUUCCUCAUUAUCUAGCUGUGGCGUUAAAGCAGGACAAAUGGUUCAUGUUUUGAAAAAGAGAGAAAAAGAUGUCCCGGUCAACAAUGAAAAUAUGAGUGAAAAGGAAGCUGUAUCCAUUGUUGUUGAAUUCAUAACACUGACUUUAAAUCCGAACUCCAAAAGUGAAAUGCAGAAAAUGCGCUCAUUGGUUCUUGAUAACAUCACCUCACUAACUCCAAGCCUUCGAAGAGAUCCAAUUGCCCUCACUUUCCUGCAGGAUCCAGAACUGUUGGCAAAACUAGGAGAUGUGCAAACAGUUAAAAAAGUCAUAAAGAAACACCCUGCUUUGGUUGAAGCUGCUGGCUAUAUUGUGGCCUUGACUGAUACCAGACAGGUCUAUGAUUACUUUGAUCUCAAUUCUUCCACACAGCAGCUCAACAAUCUUAGCGACGAUGAAGAAAUGGACUCCUCACAGGUUAGUCAUGAAAAUUUCACUGAUUUCUUGAAAUGGUUCCAUGAAGGUUCGCUAGAUGUAAUUUGGGAAUCAAAAAAGACAUUUAAGUUGAAUCACUUGGGGGUUUAAGUCAUUCAUCUAUAG